UGUGGCACACUACAGAAUGCUUGCUUGCAUUUGAGUGUCUUGCCUCAAAGGGAAGAUGGAUAUCAAAGAGCCACUGGUCCAUGCAAGCAGCAAAGGACAUCCAUGGAUUGUUUACUUUACUACAUUUGUUGCAGUCUGUGGUUCUUAUGAAUUUGGGGCUUGUGCUGGAUAUUCAUCUCCUACUCAAGAUGCUAUCAGGAAGGAUCUCAGUCUGUCUUUGGCAGAGUACUCCUUGUUUGGCUCCAUCUUGACAUUCGGAGCAAUGAUCGGCGCGAUCACAAGUGGGCUUAUUGCUGAUUUAAUUGGACGAAAAGGGGCAAUGAGAGUGUCAAGUGCUUUCUGUGUUGCAGGCUGGAUUGCUAUUUACUUUUCAGAGGGCCCAGUGCCUUUGGACAUUGGGAGGCUAGCUACAGGAUAUGGAAUGGGAGUUUUUUCAUAUGUGGUUCCUGUCUUUGUAGCCGAAAUUGCACCAAAAGAUCGCCGUGGGGCACUGACUGCUUUAAAUCAGUUAAUGAUCGGUGCUGGAGUGUCUGUGUCAUUCAUAAUUGGAAAUGUCCUUUCAUGGAGGUCUUUAGCUUUAAUUGGCCUCAUUCCCACUGCUGUAUUGCUAUUCGGUCUGUUUUUCAUUCCAGAGUCUCCUAGAUGGCUGGCAAACAGAGGACGCGAAAAAGAUUUUGUGGCAGCACUGCAGAUACUACGCGGCCAAGAUGCUGACAUAUCUCAAGAGGCAGAGGAAAUUCAGGAUUAUAUAUCAACUUUAGAUCGGCUCCCAAAACCCAAGCUGCUGGAUUUGUUUCAGAGAAGAUAUUUGCACUCAGUCACUAUUUCAGUGGGACUUAUGUUCUGCCAGCAAUUAGGAGGAAUCAAUGGAGUUUGCUUUUAUGCUAGCAGUAUUUUUGAGCUAGCAGGAUUUUCUACCACUAUCGGGACUAUAAUAUAUGCUUGUCUUCAGGUUGUGAUGUCUGGUGUAGGAGUAGCCUUGAUAGAUAAAGUUGGCAGGAAGCCGCUACUACUGCUAGCAGGAUCGGGAUUGGUUGCAGGAUGUAUAUUGACCGCAGUUGCAUUCUAUCUUAAGGUUCAGGAAGUUAGUCUCGGGGCAGUCCCGGCACUUGCUGUAACUGGCAUCCUGGUCUACAUAGGAUCAUUUUCAAUAGGAAUGGGAGCAAUUCCAUGGGUUGUGAUGUCUGAGAUAUUCCCUGUGAAUAUUAAAGGGCAGGCUGGAAGCUUAGCCACUUUGGUGAACUGGUUUGGUGCAUGGUUAUGUACCUACACUUUCAACUUUCUCAUGAGCUGGAGCUCCUGUGGUACCUUCAUUCUUUAUGCUGCAAUCAAUGCAAUUGCUAUACUAUUUAUAGUUGUAGUGGUGCCAGAAACCAAGGGUAAAAGCCUGGAACAAAUACAAGCAGCCAUUAAUAAGUAGGAAGCAGAGUUUUGCAGUUUGCACUGUGUGAUGGGAAAGAAAAAAAAGAAGCAUGUUGAUGAUUGAAUUUUUGUAUUUUUUUUUUUCUGAAAACAUUGGCUAUGUUUGGCAUGUUUAGCUGAUAAGCUAGCUGAAAGCUGAAAAGCAAUCUGAAAGCUUAUCUGAAAGCUGAUAAGCUAGCUGAAAGCUGAUAGCUGAAAGUUGAAAAGCUACGUGAUUGAAACAAAAGUGUUUGGUAGAACUAACUGUUAAACAAGCUGAAAUUGUAAAAUGACAUAAAAGGACAUACUUGUAUAAUUAUUUUUAUAUUUAACAUUACUUUAUUUUCACAUUAAUACCAAUAUGAUAUUAAUAUUAAAAUUAUUAUCACUUUAAAUAUUUUUAUUAGCUACAGUUAUAUAUCAUCUUAAAAAUAUAAUAUUUAUUUUUAAUUAUUUUUAUUAAUAUAAUAUAUAUAAUACUUGUGGUGCGCAGCGGUGUGGCGGGAAUUGUGGCGGAAACUGCAUACGUAAGUGUGAGGGGAAAAUAAGUUUAGUAUUUUUAUAAAUAUAUAAGGGUAAUGGUAGAAUUUUAAUAAAAUAAUAAGGAUAAAAAUGAGAAUAAAUUUAAUAAGCUAUAAGCUACCUGAGAUAGUUUAUAGCUUAAAGCUUUAAUCUACUAAAAUAAGCUCCUUCACCAAACACUUUUGAAGAGCUUUUAAGCCAGUCAAAUAAGCUUUAAGCUAGUCAAAUAAGUUAUAAGCUAGCUGAAAUGACAUGCCAAACAUAGUCAUUAAUCAAUUGAUUAGCAUAUAUAUUUUAGUCAUCAAUAUCAAUUAUGUGAAUUAUUUAUGGCUGCCAUUAUAUAUUCCUCAAACUCUUUUAAGUUUUUUAUUUUAUUUUAUGAUUCUGUAUAAAUCAUCCUCUCUACAUUCUCAAUUAUGUGAAUUAUUUAUCGCUCGAAUUCAAAGAUCUUUUUAUGGUUCUGUAUAAAUCUGCUUUUAAAAAAAAAUGAUUCCGUAUAAAUCAUCCUCCAUUCCUUCUUCCGAGCUGAACUUUACAAACAAUCCAUAAUUGAGAGUCAUUUUUCCUACACUUCAAGCUUUUGGGUGAAACAUGUAACCAUUGACAAAAUACUUAUGCCAUGUUGGAGGAGGCUCUACCUCUAGUGUGAUCACGCACUCGAUUCUUCCUGCUCCUUUGGAUUUAGGGAGUGCUCCAGGUGGUGUUUACUGAACGCGGGUUAAGAAGGUGAGACUUGCUGGGAAGUUUGUGGGUUUGAUAUUUUUUAUUUUAUUUUUAGAGUUUGUUUUUUUUCAAUUUUCUGCUAAUCUUUGUAAUCUCAAUGAAAGUGAUUCAGUUUCUUUCCCUCCCUAUUUUUCACUUUAGUUCUGGUACUGAGCGAGAGAAAAAAAAUUAUUUUAUUUAAGCUCCUAGAUUUGAGAGUACCUGAGCUAAAAUACAUAUCUUAAUAAAAACUAAGAUUUAUGCAUGUAUGAU